AUGAAGGCCGACGUUUCGUCUGGAGUACGGUCUCUGGAACCGCAGUACUAUUUCGGGUUGACCGUCGGGUCCGGUAACAACUGUUUUUUCCUGAACGAUGAAAAGAUUGUUUACCGCGCUGCCGGUGUAAUCGUUGUGCACGACCUCUUGAAUCAUUCCCAACAAUACGUGUACUUGACCGAUUCGCAAAAAACCAUCACGACAAUGGAUCUCAAUCACGGCAAGUACGUCCUGAUCUUAUAUUUUACCUACACAAUUACUAUCACGUUUCAGGGAUCGGGCACAUGGCCUUUACAAAUAAUUGUUAACAGCUAUUUAAAAUUUACAAUUAACAAGUCUUAAAAAUCUUAAAGAAAAAAGAAAUAGUGUAAUCGGUUUUAAUUUACAUAUUGAAGGGCCUUCGCCUUUUGUUUUCUUUUUUCGUACAUGUUCCGCGGAGUGAUCCAAUUACGAUAAUUUUUGUUUCUGUCACGGAAAAACUUAGAGGGUGCAUUGGACUUUGAUUUCAGAUUAUGUAACUGAAGGCUAGAAACCAAAAUAAAAUAAAUGAAAAAAAAAAAAAAAUCGCAAAAACUUAUCGUAUUCGAACUAUAAUAACUAAGUAUAACGUUCAUAAAUAUGAUUUUAAAAAUUCAGUCCCACACUUCUUGUAAGCCGUUUUCCUUUUCCCGACACAAAACAAAAAAAAAAUAAAUUAUCGAAAUCGGAUCACUCUACGAGUCAUGAGAGUUUUCCCCAUAAAGUAAGUUAUUUAGCAAAAAUCUUGUCACGCGUUGGUCCCUUAAAAUCUUCAUCGUUCUCAUCCGAUAGGGUUUGAAAGCGUGUUUUUUUUUUUUAUGUCAUAUUUUUAUGAUAUGCUGGAUACUGUUCAAUGCCAAGGAAACAACCUCCUCCCACAUAAAAAUGGUCUCAAAUGGGACUUCCGUUUUCCGCCAAAGUGACUUUCGUUCGUUAUCACCAUAACCGUUUUUCUCCAAAGGUUAUAUUACGAUUUUAGCCAAAAUUAAAUUAAUAAAUUAUUUUAUAUAUUUGUUGAGAACCCGUGAACCUAAAUCUAUCAAAUUGUAGUGGUUACGAUUUCCGCCUCACAGACUAUCCAAUAUAUUACCUUACUAUUAUUAUUCACUUAGCCAGUGUAUUUACCAACGUAUACGCAAUAUUUAUAAUAUAGCUGAAUGUAUAUAAUUAUAUGUGGAACACAGCGUAUUCAAGUUAAAUCUUACUGAAGUAACGAGUUGUUUUAUUGAAGAUCUUAUGCCACAGUGUCUAUCUGAUAAUCGCGUUUAAGCGUAUUGACAAUAUUUACUAAAUAAUUAAAUUUCAAAUGCAAGUACGCUCUCCUCCCUACCCCCCUAAGUUAUGUGCUGUAGGAGCUGCUUCAUUAACAAGAACCACAAAUGCAUAUGAAUCAUUCCAUUUGGACUUAAAUUAAUGUUUUUAUAAAAACUUAACCUCAAUUAUGAUGCGAGUUCAGAAUCUGAUAAUGAAGAGUACAGACCAGUGUUUAUUGUAAAAUGUCAACUGUGAAUGAACCGAAAACUUCACAAAUUAUAAUUAAUUUAAGAAAGAAUAAAGUAUAAAGAAUAUUUUCAAAAAUACAUUUAUGGGCAUUUAACUAGAUUCGAGUUUGUCCAAAAGAAUCUGUUUUUCAUAUAGUAAAUGCUGGAUGUGUUUGAAUUUUUGUACAUUUUAUGUAAUUUUAUAUUUUUAUAAUUUAAUGUUUAAUUUUGACGCUAAACAAAUAGUGUUUGUAAUCAUCAAUAUUAUACCAGUCUAUGCCUAUUAUUAUUAUUAUUAUUAUUUUAUUUUAUAAUUGAAUAUAUCAUUUCGACGAUAAUUAAUCUAUGUAGGUUCAAGGGUUCUCAAAAGCUAAAUAAAUAAUUUAUUAAUAUUUUUUUCCUUUGCGGAAAACGAUUACGCCAUCUGAAAUUCAUAUUGAAAUUAAAUCCAACUUGAAUCAUUUCAAUUACAAGCCGUUAAAAGUGUAUAAAAGCAGCGACAAAAAGAUAUAUUACAAUAACAGACUCCGAUACUGUAUAGUGAAUGUUUCUCGGAAUGAAUAAUUGCAAUUUCUGUAGUGUGCUUCCGGUCCGAGAGUUAAAUAAUGUCAAGACUGCAAUAAAAUAUACGUAAGCAAUUAUGUGAAAAUAAAUCAUUCAACGUAUUAUUAUUAUUAUUAUUUUACUCGCUUAAAAAUUAAAAUACUACGAAGACAAAAAUAUAUUAUUAUGCACCGAGAUGAAAAUAAUAUAGUAAACAUUUUAUCCGAGUAUAUAUUAUGUUCAAUAGGUACCUAACACGAAUAUCCCUUUACCGGCGAGGGUUUCGGUGCACGCUGCAGGCUAAAUUAUUAUUUGACAAUGUUCGAAAAAUCGAGGAAAGUUAUAUGCUGUGUAAAAUUUACGUUGUAAUUGUACAAUACCUACCCGUUUUGUAUAAUAAAUUUCAAUAAGUACAACACAAAUAUGUUGCUGUGUUGUGGCCCCACCGGGAAAAAAAGUUUUUAAAAAACUAUACUCACGUUGUGACUACUGUGUUUCUGUUUAGUUCGACUUUUAAACUUAGUUUUCUCGCCGCGGCGGGUUAAACACGUCGAAAAGUCGUUUUAUACUUUUCGUUUAAUUUAAUAUUAUGUAAAUCGCAGAAACGAUUAGAAACACGGCUACAUUAAUAAUAAUUCUCGGCGAUUUUUUUUUUUCAUUUUUAACUUUUUUGAAAAUCGAAACCCGUAAAUAAUACAAAGUUUCCUAUGUCUUUUUCACUUACAUUAUAGCAUUUGCAAAUUAGACUACACGCCGUUGUUCCGUUUCGGUCUCGACGUUGAUUCGUAAAUUAGGAUAUUUUUUCGUCUUCAACGUGUGUUCGUUACAAACACCAGAUCUUAUACUAAGAUUUUCUUUUCUUGAUUAACUUUUGUAAUAUGUUUGUUCGGGUUCUUACAGAAACAAUAAUUUCGUUUUCUCAAGGAUUUAUAUUUUCGCGUAGGUACCCAUAUUUGCCACUCUAACCGCAUGUAUCCAGUAUGAUAGAGUGUAGGUAUGCAGUUAUUACCCUCCUAUAUUCAAACAAUUUUUCUGAUCUAUCUCAAAGUGACAACUCACCCGUCCAUACGUAUACCGAAAAUAGUUCUACAGACGGGGGAUAUAAUAUUAUUAUGGGCUGUCUUUUUAUUUUUUUUUUUUUUGAUGUAGGUUUUUUUUACAGAUAUCGACUGAUUUAAAUUCCUGAGUGACAUAAAGGAAAUGCUAUAUUUUUUCAUAAUAUUAUACGCGGGGUUUAGGGGAAUAGAACGUCAAUAGUGCGUAUCCGUCUACGUCAUAUUAGCUCCCCUUUUUUAAAACGCAGUGAAAUGUAAUCGAUCAGAACAGUAAUUCUUUUCUUCCCAAGGCAUACUUGGGGUUCGACGACUUUUGGAGGGGCUUUUAUAGUAUUGCACAAUUUCCAAACAUAACGAUGACACACAGUGACCCUCGUCCCUUUUACAUCCGAUAUCUAACUAACUGUUUAUUGUAUAAAAAUUACUUUCCUCAUUUCGUUUAUAAAUUUCGAGCAGAAUAAAUUGAUGCAAAAUUUGUUUUUUUUUUUCAAUUUGUAAAUUUGUCUCUUUUACGAUUUUGCAAAUGUAUUAGAAAAAAUAAAAUUGUUUUAUCCAUUGGAAGUGAUGGAUUUAGUGAUACAUCCAGAGGGGGAGUUCGAGGGUUAUAAAUACGGCUCCAUACAAAUUACGUUCCCGAUAUAAAAAUUGCGAUACGUGACAUACUAAGUAGCGGUUUUUCUACACAACUAAACUAAUUAUAAUUGCGCCCCGAUUAUUUUAUUAUGGUUAUUUGAAUCAAUAUCGAUAUGAAACUAACUUAUGAAAUAAAUGUAUACGGUUUACAUGUACUAAUAUUGUGUGUCGUUGACAGUCGUGUGCUGUUCGUAAUUCACACAAGUUUAAUUACAAGUGACGUUAUGAGUAGUGAAAAAAAUUAAAUCAAUAAUUAGUAUAAAUAAUUAUAAAUUCCAUUUUAAAAAGUUAUUAAAACGUGAUAUACAGUGUUAGAAGUGUUGCAAAAAACAUGUAAGUCAUGCAUUAAGUUAAAUGACAGAAAUGAAAUAUUACAACGCGCUAGUGAGCAUAACCAUACAAGCGAUUUUAUUGAAAUAUUAAAUAGACAAAAAAUAAUCAAUGAUUUAACACACGAGGCAAUAGACGAAAAAAAAAAAAAAAAAAAAAAAAAAAACAAUGUUUUGUCUUAUUAAACAACCCACAAUUUAGUAAUUUACCAUCUCAAAGUCCAGCAAUUUGUUCAAAGUUCAUAAUCUUUUCUCUCCCAGAAAACAAAUCCUUGUUACGACACUUUAUGGAGGGUCAAUAUCCCUAUAUAUCCUAUAAGUAAAAUAACAAAAUAAAAUUGGUUAAAUUUGUGUUUCAUUUUUUUUUUUUUCGUUUUUCUUCAUCCGGACGUAUUACAUUUAUAGGAACUUUGUGGCGGUCGCCGAGUCGGGCAAAAGGCCGACGGCCAGCGUGUACGAUCUGGUGAAGUCAAAACGGAUACGACACCUAACGUUGCCGUACGUCACCGAAGCCACCGGCUUCGUGAUGAUUAAGUUCUCGCACGAUGACGUAUACUUGGCCGCACUCACGAACAAACCCGAUUUUGUCAUGUACUACUACGAGUGGAGAAAAUCGAAGAUCGUCAGCCAUUUGCGUGUAGUACACCUGCCCAACUCAGUCGCCAUCGUGAACGACGUAAAUCGAAUAUUAUAUAUUCGUAAUAUCACAGAGUGUUCCAUUUAAGUGGAUAGUGGGUACACUCAUUAUCUCAGAAGCAGCAAGCAGCUAUUCAAUUUUACAUUUAUGUUGACAUUUUUGAUUACCGUCAAUCCGUUGCCCAGAUAUUCGACUUCUAAAUUUGGGUCGAGAGAGUAGUGGAUCAUUUGUAUGGUGGCACGGCGCGUGGCGUUUCAAUAACGCACCAUUAUACUGUCCUCUGACCCAAACUUAAAAGUGAAAUAUCUCGUCAGACGGAAAUCAAAAACUCCAUCAACAAAAUUUAUUUUAAUUAAUACUUUAUCUAUUUAAGGAAUUUUCAAUGUAAGUUGCCAUUUGAAAAAUCAAAAGUAGGUAAUGGUUUUACUCCAAAAACAACAAAUUUAAAAUAUUACACUGUUUCUUAAAUGUUCUAUAAUACAAAUUUUGAAAAAAGGUUAAUACUUUCAGAGAUAAUAAGUGUACCCUUUUAAAUGGAAUACCCUGUAUACGUUAUUUGUCAACAAAUAUUUAUUUUUAUACUUAUUACGAAUUUAAACAAAGUUUUAUUUGUUUUGUAUACGUUUGCAGCCGAAAUAUAGCAUAUAUAGUUUUUAUUCACUUGCUUGAACCAAUGCGUCACGGGGGGUUUUUUUUUCUUGUUAGGGUUCAGCCGUAACGAAACCAAUAAAACUGGACCCUUAUAAUUUAUUUAUGUCCGUGCGUCCGUAUGUCAUAGAUGCCGGCCAUUUUUCAAUACAUUUUAAUGAAAUUCUACAGGAAUUGAAAUAAAUUAAAAACAUGAUUUAAGGGUAUGUUUCUAUAUAGGUACACUGUUAAACAUAAUACUGAGGGAUGUAAAUUUUAUUUUUCGUGUAUCCCGUCGUGUGUGGUAUCGUUGGAAAGUUCAUUAAAAACUUGAUAAUUAUUACCAUGGUUUAUAAUUUAAUUUUGUAUACACAUUAAUAUUUUAUGACAUAUAAGCUCCUAAAGUCUAUAGUUUUCUGACUCCCUCCCUUCUAAUUUAUCCAAACCAAAUCAUUUUGAAAAAAAUAUGUUAUUUAAUUAUGAUAAAAUUGAACAAAAUAUGUUAAAAUACAAUCAUACAAUAGUUACAUAAUACCACAUAUUGAUAAUGUGCACCACAAAAACCAAGUAACGUGAAUUAUAUAGUUACUGGGUCUUUUUUUUUUUAACAUAGAAUCAGUUCCAUAAUCAGUAUAUUAUUCUUUUGAAAGGUAUUAAAAUCCACCAUAUUACACAUUUAUGCGUAGAUUGCAAUAACUAUUCUAACAUACCGUGUUAAAAGUAUUGAUACGAAUGUCCAACGUGAUAGUUUUCUUAUGAGAUUUGCUUUUUCUGACUUAAGUUACUAUUUGUCGUAAUCGUCUUUCUAACGGACAGAUACAACGGUAGCAAUAAUAUGCGUUCACGUGAAUCAAUAAAGAAAAGGUUUUGGAAAUCGGUUUAGAGGUCAAAUAUUUAAAACAAUAAUACACUUAAAAAAUAACGAUACAAUAGAAAUAUGUUGAAGACAACUUUGUUGGUGUUUUACACGAUUCUCUAAGUGCUUCUCUCAACACUCAACUAGUUACCGAAGGUAUAAACAAUUAUUAUUAUUGUUUUAUCUCGAACUUAAUGGACUUUUCGUUUGUUUAACGUUCCAGCGUGUUUGCUAUGCUGUAGAAAGGUAUGAGCGGAAAAUUCAACUGUGACGGAGCGCUUCUUAUGUUGUUAAUUUUGCAUGAAGUGAGUGAGGGGUUAGGAUAAAAUGCCGAGAGUAGAAACAGAAUGAGUUAAAAGGCUAGACGCACUUUUCACCACUGUAGUAGAUGAGAAAGGUUUUUAAAGAUAAUUUAAUUUUUACAUACUGUAAGUAACGAUAAAUCAAUUAUCUUCAUACAACGAUUCUGAGCUGAGUAGAGUAUUACUACAGUAUAGCAUUAUUAACUUGGGUAAAAUAUUUCUUGAAAGUACCUUAUUUGGAAUAAAUAUUAAUUGAUCAACAUUUUCAGAAAAUAAACACUAUAAAAUGGCUAUCUUCAAUAUUUUUGGAAAUAAUAAAAUAAAAAGUAGUUUUUUAGUUUUUUCACCAAACCAUAAAAAUUUAAUUCAAAUAUAAAUAUGUGCACAGGUACUCUAUACGGGUAAUUUAGUUUGUACAUACAUGAUGUCCCUUGAAGACAUACUUAUUGUAAAAUCUCCGGCAUAAAAAAAAUAAUCAAAUUCUGUUGUGGUUUUUUUGUUGUAUUAUUCACAGAGAUAAGAAUUAUAAAUAUUUAUAUUUCAACUAAUUUUUUAUGUUUUGGUUAAAUCUUAAAAAAAAAAAAUAUUUUAACAUUAUUUUUGAAAAAUUUAAAGGUAGCCAUUUUUAAAGAGUUUAAUUCUUCUCAAAACUUUGACGUAUCGAGUUUUUAUUUUCAUUAAGUUCGUGAUUUCGAAUAAUUUUUUAAAGUUCAGAGAAAAGAAGUAUCCAGUCAAUUAAUAAUAAUAAUAAUAAUUAAUUAGAGAAUGCAGUUACAGCCUGCUGCAUAAUUAUAGGUAUUUUUCUCUGAACUUAAAAUUUUUUUUGAAAAUCGCGAAUUUAAUGUAAAUGAAAAGUUGAUACAUCAACUAAGAAAAAUAAACUCUAUAAAUUGACCGUCUUUAAUUUUUUCAAAAAUAAUAAAAUAAAAAGUUAAUUUUAUCAAAGCAUACUAAUUAAUUGCAAUAUAAAUAUGUGUAGUCUUUGUUUCUGUGAGCUAUGUAAGAAAAACAGUAUUUGAUUGUCUUUAUUAUCUCCGGAGAUAUUACAACGGGUAUAUCUUCGUCUGCAUAAGGCGCAGGCAACGAAUAACGCUAAGAGGACGUCAUAUCUGCGCCUACCGUCUCAGUCCAACUAGCGGGCAACAUGCAAAAACAAUGCUUACGCGGGAAUAAGUAACACCAGCUCAAUUUCGAUUUUAGAGUAUUAGCAAAGUACCUGUGUGUACAGAGAACGUUAUUUUCGAGGGAAUGCCAUAGAUGUCUUUUGAAUUAUGAACUAUCAAAAGAUUCGCAACCGUUUGAAAAACGAGGUUUUUGUAUCUGUUAUACCGCCGAACUGUACAUUUUGAAUACUUAAAAAACCCUACGGCAUUCGCUCCGAAAUAUACGUUCUCUAUAAAUUUCAUAAUUUAUAGCAAAACUAGACACUAUUGCAUUAAAACCGAAAUCGGGCCCGUUUACUUAUCAUAUUGUACGUCCGUUUAUACAUUAUUAUUAUUGUUACGUUUUCCGUUGUGGCGUCCGUCGGUCGCCCCGCGGAAUCCGAAAUCGCGGCGACGAAAAAUAUUUUCAAUAAUACAUCGCAUGCCGUUAACGGUUUCGGCGCAGUGGUGUUUAGGCACACCGAAUUUCGGGGACGGCGAGAGCGCCCGUCGGCCGUCAGUACGGCGGUCCGCGGAUCGGUGUCCCGGUGAAACGCGGGACGCGAAGACGAAACGCUUGGACAAACACACGCACACACGCACACACACACACACACACACACACACGUGAUAUCACGCGGACGUCCGAAACGCAAUAAUAAAUCAACCCCCGGGGGGACCGCGGUACGCACGCAGAAAUAAUAUUGUGAUAGCGCGGACCGCGGAGCGGGACGUCGGCACGUAUGAUGUUACGUGCACCGCGUCGCGUUUCGCCGGACGUAACUUUUGCCGCGUUUUAUCAUCAUCAUUAUUAUUAUUAUUAUUAUUAUUAUUAUUAUUAUUUCGAUCCCGAACAAAUACGAUGUUUUAAUUUCGAAAGUUUUGCCGUACGCGCGCACCUAACCUAACCUAACGGACGUACAUAGCCGGACGUAGGUGGGUAGUUCGGGCGUGCAGGCGGGCCGGCGGGCUGGCGGGCGCGUAGGUAGGUAGGUAGGUAGGUAGGUAGGUAGGUACACGCUAUACCGUUUACGGUAUUAUAUUAUAUCAUAAUGUAUUAUUCAAAAGCGUUUCGGUCUCUCUUUUGUGCGCGAAUAUUAUAAAUUAUUUAUUAUUUCGUAUCUAUAAUAUUGCGUCGUAUCGAAACUCGGAAGAAUUUGUUUAUUUUGAGACUUUUACGUCGGACGGAUUGAAGAGGAGGUACCGGGUCGGGCGGGCGGUGGGAGGGGGGUCGGCGGCGGCGUGGUAUACGUAUAUAUUAUUAUUAUUAUAUACACGGCUGCCGCCGCUGAUGGCGUAUACCCAUUGAAAAUAAUAUACAAUAUUAUUUUCGAGUUUUCGACCAGAAAUAUUAUUUCAAAAAGAUAAAUAUUUAAUUUUAAACGAUACGAUAUUACAUUUUUGCCGCGCAUUAUAUUAUACGCGUUCGCAUUCAAUAUUUAUUCUAUAGUCGCCGCGGCGGACGGGCGGGGGUGGGGAUCCCGUCGCUUUGUCGUCUCCGGAAUUACCGUCGUCGUUGUCGUUCGUCUGUCCCGCGACGACGACUCUCGGUGGUAUUAUUAAUCUUUUCGUCGCUGUUAAUAAUGAUUUGCAGAUACUUUUUCGUUUCUCCUCGUCACACGUCGCCCGACCGCGUCGGCGGCAUCCACUCCACGUCUGGUUUUGUUUUUCUCCCGUCGAAUAAUUCAAUUUUGAAACAUUUAAAACGACGCGUGCACAAUAUACGACGUAAUUGCGCGAGCGUCUUUUCCAUUCGAAAUCGCUACACGACAGGGUAUCACGCGAAUGCCGUGUAAUAACACAGGGUCGUGGGCUCUCACAUUCUAAAAUGAAAAUUCUAACAAAACAAAUUUAAAAAUACGGUACAAGAUGAUAUGAACAAAAAAAAAAAAAAAAACCCAUUUAGAUUCUGUGUGUAGCGAGAAAUAUAUUGGAUAAUAUUUUUUUUAUUUUUUUUUUUUUUUACUAUAAAGACAUUUUCAACUAGACAUAUUUGCUCCGAUUUUCAAGUGUAUACCAUAAAAUAAAAUUACAUCCAGUUGGCGCGUUGAGUAGGUGAUUUUGGAUUUUCAUUCUUUAUAGUUUUCUCAAUAACUGGGAAACAGUGGAAUGUUUUGGAAUAGUUUCAUUAUUUUAGAUUUGGUUUUUGACUACGUAUAUCAGCCUUUUCUAGAUGUGGUGAACGUGGUAAUUCUAGUGAAGUUUGAGCCAUUUGUAAGUAUUUGAUAUUUCUGAGUUUUGUUUCUUUUGGUUGAAUGUAGAUGUAAUUGUUGUUUUGGUCAAGCGAAAUACUUGAAAUUUAAUACGGGGCUUAUGCUAAAUUAUUCUUAGUAAUAAUAAAAAAAAGUUUAGCCUAAUAAUAGUUUUUUUUUUAUAAUUAUUUUAUAUAUAUUUUUACCAAAGUCGUAGUAAUCACGAUAUUUCAUAUUUUAUAACCAAACUUGGUUCAUAAUCGUAUUUCAUUAGAAAUGAUUUAUCGUUGCGUACAGAAAUAAAAUGUAUAAUUAUAUAUGUACAGUGUACCUGGUACACAUCCUACUUUCUUAACUUCCCGCCUAUUACAGUGACACACUCAUCAGCAGUAUUAGCUCUUCUUUUUAUUAUUUAUUGGAAGUAUAUGAUGUACAAUGCGAUUUUUAUUUUUAAUUGAAUUAAUUAAAUAAAUGUUUUUUUUUUUUUUAAAUUAUAUCUUUUCAAUAUUGGGCUAGAUGGGCCGAUGCAUAUAUGGGAACCGUUUUUGAAAAAUAUUUUCAUCACUGACGUCUAAAUUUAUCUUAAGGAAUCCGUCGAUUACGAGCAAUCAUUAAUUCUUAAAGAUUCAGAGUACGACGUUUACUAACAUUAGCUCUAAGUCACCAACACAGGAAAAACUCGCGAGGGGCUCAGGACAGAGGAGUAUGCUUAAGAGAGUGAUGGAAAAUUUUAUGAACAGCUUCAUAUUUGCCGUCAAGGAUGACAUUUGAAAGAUAUAAUUUUUAAACCCUAACUAAAUUUUAAACUCUUUAUUGUAUGUACUCCCCAUAAAUAAAAAGUGUUUUUUUUUUUUAUAUAUAUAUCUUUUGUAGUUUUUUUAGAAUUUAGUUGAAGAAUUAAGAGUUUAUUACGUUACACCCUGUAUAGUAUUAUUACACUAUGUUCUAUGAUUAUUAUCGUUCCGAGGAACAAAUACUCGUAAUAUGUGAAAAGGGAGGAUUUAUUACUGCGCAGUCCGAUCGCCCGAAACCGUAUAUUAUCUAGAAAAUUCACUCCCAAGUCACGUUAUUUAAUUUAGCACGUGCUGCGGCGGUAAGGUACGGUUGUGGGGUUCGAUAAAAAAAAAAAAACAUCUCACGUAAACUUACUACGCGAAAAAAAGUGGAUGUUUGUUGUUUUAUAAUGAAAAAAACAAUCGGAACGCUAGAAUAUCCAUCCAUUUAAAUUCAUUAUCGCUGUAGCUCGCAAUCAGGUUCUCUAGACUUAUUGAAGGAUAAGAACAAAAAAAAAACGAAUCAUUUCGUCCGUAUUGAUGGAUAAAAGUCGUGUCUAUACUGAGUGAUUAAUUUAUAGUACGAACCGGUGAUUAUUAUCGGUACCUAUUAUAUUUACAAGUACAGUAUUUUUUUUUUCAAUCGAAAAAAUUCUUGAAUCAUUUAAGUCAUUAAUUUUAGGAUACAAUAAUUUAUCUAAACAAUGAGAGAUGAAAAUCGCGGUGAAUGUGAAAACUACCAACUUCCUAGUUUUAAUUGAAUUUGAAAAAAAAACCUAAUAAUUUGUUUCAAAUUUUAUUGGCCUUAGAGAUCAGAAAUUUUCGCGCGUUGGAAUUUUAUUUGAAACAUAUUUCUAAAUCUCCGUCACUUAUUUUUAAACCUUAUAAAGUUAUAUUAUAUUAUAUUAUACACAUACAAAAGUUUUAAUUUUAUUGAUUCGUGGAUUACAUUUUGGUUACGACGAAGGGAAAAAACGUUAUAAAUAUACUAUAUUUACACAAUAUAAUACACAUACAAAUAUAUAUUAUACAGCCAUACAGGGUGUCCACGAAGAUAUACCUAUAGUUAAAUCUCCGGAGAUAAUAAAGAUAGUCAGAUUCUGUUUUUCUUAUGUAACUCACAGAAACAUCGACUACAAAUAUUUAUAUUGAAAUUUAUUUUCAUGCUUAGAUAAAAAUAACUUUUUAUUUUGUUGUUUUUCAAAAAAUUAAAAACCAUUUAUAGAGUUUAUUUUUUUGAAAAUUUUGACGUAUAAACUUUUUAUUUUUAUUAAAUUCGCGAUUUUCAAUAAUUUUUUAAAUUUCAAAGAAAAUUACCUAGAAUAAAGCAGCGGGCUGUGAUUGCAUUUUCUAAUUAAUUUUUAUUAUUAGGAUUAAUUGACUACACACCUUUUUUUUUUUUGAACUUUAAAAAAUUGUUCAAAAUCACGAAUUUAAUGAAAAUAAAAACUUGGUAGGUCAACGUUUUCAGAAGAAUAAACUCUAUAAAAUGACUAUCUUCAAAUUUUCAAAUACAGUAAAAUUAAAAAUUAUUUUUUUUUGUUCUUUACCGAAACAUAAAAAAUAAAUUGAAAUAUAAAUAUGUGUAGUCUUUAUGCCUAUGAAUAGUAUAAAAAAAAAAAAAAAUAGAAUUUACAACGGGUAUAUUUUCGUGGGACAUUCUGUAUAAAGUAAAUAAUAAAUGUACAUACUUCCACAUCGGGAAGAGUUAAAUCUCCGACAGUUGAAAUUACGAUAACGUCAAAAUUCUGACAGACAAUACUAUCACCAAAUAUUCAUUCCGCACCAUAUGAACCAUACGUUCACAUUAUUAUAUUUUAUAUUUACAUUUCGGGUAUGUGACAUCUUCUGAACCGCCGAGACUUUAAACUAAAUGGAAAUUUAACUGACCCGGACGCCAUCGAAUCCAGCGACCUACUCACGGUGCGCAUAUAAUGUUCGGUUUUUUUUUUUUUUUUUACGGGCCUCAGCGGUUUUUCCCGGAAGAUUUUAUGCCCAUUCAGACUUCGCGGUAUAGAAGCUAAAAUAAAUAUUAAUAUUUAAUAUUCCGAUAGUUGCGGGAUUUGUUUUUUUUUUUUUUAAUACGUAUUUUUCUUUCGAACAGUAAACAUUUUCCUCCGUGUUGUUCAAUAUCCGCGACGGAUAAAUAAUAAUAUGUGCCAGGUAAAUAGGAAUUUAAUCUUUCGAGGUGGGAAGAAUAGCUGUGUAGUAAGUGUUAGCGGUUAUAGGAAAUGGAAAUAUUAUCGUUUAAUACCGCGCGCAUAUAUUUUAUCCUCUCGCAAUGAUUUAUCGUUGCUUUCAGUAUAUUAUAAACUAAAUUGCAUUACUUCGUCGCACCUUUUAUAUAAUAUUACGCUUCUUACCGCCUACAACAGUCACGAACAGUGAAGUGCGUCCGGCGCUUUUAUUUUCUUUUUCCCGGCGUAACCAAGAGCGACCAGAAAUCAAUAGACCAAAACAAAUCGUUCAAAAUGUCCGUACUCUAAGAACGACGUUUUACCAACGUGCUUACGUUCGUAAUAUGGAAAUCGAGAAUUUCAGAUUUAAAAUUUAAAUUUACUAUUAUCAAAAAAAAAAAAAAAAAAAACCUCGUUUAGUAUUAAAGUUCCAAAAUGAUUAGUUUACAAUAACUUAUUAUAUAAUUUAUGUAUUUUGUUUAUGGAGAUCAGAGACGGUUUUUCAAAUUUUCUUCAAUUAUUUAAUAAUUGAAAAUUUGUUCUUACAUUUUAAUAAUCACUAUCUUAAUGAUAAUACCACUAAUCGACUGCCCGAUACAUUUUUAAAAGUAAAGGGUAGGACAUACAAAAUUGUAGGAAUUGCGUUCGGCAGUUUUAAAACCUAACCAUAUUUUAAGUCCCUUAUAUUAGGAUAUGCUGGCAUUUUUUUUUUAAUUUUAUAAUUUUCUACACAAUAAUUGAAAUUCAAUAAGAGAUAAAAUACUUUAGGCAUAUUUAAAAAAAAAUCUGUUUAUGAUUUCCAGUAAAAAUACUUCAAUUUUUGUUUCAAACAUAUCCUAAUAAAGAACUUGAAAAAUUUUAAUCCGUUUUCAUAUAUAGUCGAAAUCCAUCAAAAGAACAAAAGUACAAAAGAAAACCAUAUUAUUUAAACAAUUUUUCAAAAUAUCGAAACCAUAUAUAAUAAAUGAAAAUCAAUUAAUAUAAAAUUAUUUAUUGUUAAAUCUAGUCAAGACAAAAUUAUUUUUAUGUAACAGUCUUAAACAUAUUGUACAACAUGUGCAUACAUAUUAUUUGUAUAAUUAUUGUACUUUUGGCUUGAUUGUAAAAAAAUAAAAAAAAUGAUAAGAACAGUCAGAAUAUUUGGAGGGUGUUAUACAAUCGUGAACAUUUUGUCCUUUGAACUACCACUACUUUUCUUCCCUUUUGGUACUAUCACUUUGAUCCCCCUAUCAAAAAUCACGUAUAUGUCAUAGUAGCGUCACUACUGGGCCAUCAGCCAACGUAUUUUCCGGACGCCAGACGCAUUUUUUAAUCGGAGGGUUUUGAAAAUAAUUGUUGCGUUAAAAAAAAUCCAUACAUUUGUUAUUUGUUUAGUCUUUAAACGUUUCGUUUCAGUGCGGAAAUAUUAUAUCGGUGUACUUAUACGAUUUUUUAAAAAAAUUUUUAUUUCACGUCAGAUGGUGUUGAAUCCGGGUAACAACAAGUUGUGUUGUUUUGUGGGCAAAGGAUUGUUCCGGUCCAUGAUCAUGGGUGAAGUUGUCUGGAAACAAUACGGAUUUUACAAGGCCAACAAAUACAAUUUCACCUCAGCAUGUUGGUUGAACGACGAAAGGUUAGGUGGUCGUUGAUGAACGGUUCACUCUAAACUUUUAAUAUUGUUUUAAUAUCGCGUUAAAAGCACGUGAAAGGAUAAAGUUUAUAAUGUUAAUAAAGUUCUAAAGCUAAGUCCACAUAUAGAUAUUUUACAAGAUAUAGAGAGCGGAUUUUCUGGAUUUUAAAAGUUUGAAACAAUAACAAUAAUACGAUGGUAAUACGCAUAAAAUUGAUAAAAUCUGAUAUAAAUCAUUAAAUCAAUAUUCUAUUAAAAGAACUGAUACUAGGGAAGGGCGUGCCACUGUUGUAGGUGGGAAGUUGGGAAUAUAGGAUAUAAAAAGUUAUUUAAUAUAUAUCUAUAAACAACAGUAAACCAUUGUUAACGAAAAAUGAUUCAGAACAAAAUUCGGUUAUACCUAUGUUUUGAAAGGCCGUAAUAUUUACGAUUGAAAAUAAUACAUUUCAUACAUUUUCCCGUUUUUCCUGUGUUAUUCGAGUUUAAUUUUAAAAUUUAUAUUAAAAAAAAAAAUAAAAAUAUACUACAUUUCACUCAAUUGUGUUUUUGAUCACUCAGUAUAACUUGUAAUGAAUCUCCUAUUAAUUUUUUAAGCAUUUCAGUCUAACAAUUGUAUCCACAGACUACCUACCAAAUAAAAAUUACGUAAGAAACUCGCGAAAUUUAAAUGUCUAUUAAUAGCUCAAAAAUGGUUCAAAGUUUUGAAAAUUUUACCAAAUUUAGGAAAAGCAAAAAUAAGUUUUCUGUCGAAAUUUUAAGUCUUUACGAACAUUUAAGACUGAAUAACAACAAAAAAUCUAAAUUCAAAAUAAUGAAAGCAUUAUUUUCGUAAAUUUUCCCGUUUUCCCAAACUUCAUGGCGUAUCGUAAAUAAUAGACGUAGAUGAUUUUUUUUCCCGGUUUUUCUCAAUUAUUAUGAAAUCCCCUAGAAAAAUUAAAAAAUGACCUCCCCAAUGCACCAAUUAGAGAAAAUUACCUUAAAUAAAAGGUGCUACACUCUAUAAAUCGGUGCAUAAUUUCUUGUAGAAAAGUUGUUCACAGACAGUAAAAAACAAAUAAUAACAGUAAAAUCAAUAGAUCUCUCGUUAGUCGCUACGUUCCGAAUCUAAACUAUACAUAUUUUUUUUUUCCUCACCAGGCUCAUAGCCGGCACCUCGGAGGGCCAACUGUUCUUAUUCUCAAAGGCUGAACUGAAAGCAAUUUACAACGUCGAGACACUCUUGAAGUUCGACCCGAGACUGACUAUUGACAACCCGUAUAACGUGCGGCCGCCAUCCAACAAACGGAACAUGGAAAUUAGAUGUUGUACACCCGUGGACGGCGGCCUGCUUAUGGUGGUCGGCAAAGAUCAAGUUUAUUACUACGAAGUAUCGGUGAAAAACGAUCCGCCAUACAAGUACUGAUCCUGACGGUUACAUUUAUUUUUUCUCCACUAUACUAUAAUGGCGCCUUGAUAUUUACGGGCCUGUAAAUCCUCUAUGAUAAUGAUAAACAAUCAUACGAAAAAAGGACGGUUUUUAAAAUCGCUGAUACUCGUAAAUCGCUUAUUUCUAGUCUUCAAUCGGUUUGCAACUCAAUUUCUGUAACUCCUUGUAACUACCCAUACUUAUAUCUAUUACUGAUUGUAUCAUGCACUACAUCCUCGUUCUUUCUCAUCCAAUAUAACCUUAUUAAGUCGCCACAUUUCGUCAGGCUAUCAUGAGGUAGUAUUGAGGCUCUAUUAUUUUGUCCUUUCUGACAUUUAUACUAUGCCAAAGUUCUCGUUUUUUCUUUAUUCUGUUCGUUCAUUAUUCUUUCUAUCCAUAAUAUGGAUAAUAAUAUUAUAUUAUAAUAUUAAGAAUUUGUCGUAAUACUAAAUUAAUAUUCAGUAGAUGAUUUUUAUCUUGAAAAGUUUUAAUUAUCCUAUUUGCUUGUGCUAUCUUGCUAACUAUGACUGCUUUACAUUAGACGUGUAAACCGCUACAAUGAUAUUAUUAUUGUCUGAUAAAAACUUCGACACUGCAAAGAUAACAAUAAUGUUGCAAAUAUAGGUAAGUUAAUCAUAGUUUUAACUAGUGUAAUUAAAGUAAAUUAAGUAUUUUUAAUAAAAACAUUUUUUAAAAAGAGCUGAUACUGGGGAUGAGCGCUGCAACUGUUGUAGGUGGGUAGUGGAAAAAGUGGGAUAUAUAAGGUUAUUUCAUUUAUAUCUGUAAACAAAGAUAAACUAUUGCUUGACGAAUGACGAUUCCGAGCGCAAUUAGGUGUACAUAAUUUUUUUACUACUUUCAUUUAAAUUUUUUUUCAAAACGCUUAUUAAAAAAAAAGUCGUCUGAUAAUUUUAAAAAUUUUACCACGUCUAGGUAAGUCUAGUAUAAGUAUUAGUAUCAAGUUUCAAGUCUCUACGUGUAUUUAUAACCGAAUUACAGCAAAAAACUUCCACAAAUUAAAAUUCUUUAAAAGCUCAAAAGUGACUCAAAAGUUUUGGCAAUGAUACUGUUAGAAAGUAAGUCAAAAAAGCAACAAAAGAACCAUCUAGAAAACUUGAGCUUUUAGAAAAGUUACUACACGUAAAAAUUGGAUCAUGUUUACUAAGAAAAAACGUAUCCACAGACUAACCCAAAUAAAAAAUAAACAACUUAAUAAAACCAAUAGCUCCCUUGCUACCCUCGCUACGCUCGGAAUCUAAAAACUAAGCUAAGUUAAAACUAAUUUUAUAAUACCAAUAAAUUUAAGCAACAAUGAGUAUAUAACUCAUUCUUGAAGCUAUAUAAGCUUCAUGAAAAUAAUAACUUAGUUAAAAUAACUUUUUUUAAAUUAUUUUUCAUUAUAAUAGUCAUAUAGCAGUCUUUUUAAAAGUAUUGAAUACAAGUAUUUUGGAUAUUUAAAUACUUUUUAAACAUUUUUAAAAAUAUUUUCAUAAAAUGUCGGUAUUUAUGUUUAAAUACAUACUAAGAAAUCUGUUAAAUAAUUAUUUUAUUUAUAAAAAUUCGACUACCUACUAAUAAAAAUAAUAUUGUUUUCGUUAUCCAUUUAGUGAAGUAUGUACUUCUAGAUUUUUCUUAACAAGAAAUAUGUAAAUAACUAAGUUAAGUUAAAAUCAUUUAUUUAAAGAAGUAGUUUAUUAGUUAGUUAGAUUUUUUUCUAACGUUCUAUUUUUCUUAGCUAGAAAAAAUAAAAGUUAUAAACAAAGUAAUUUCAAAAUUUAUCUUUAAUUUUUUAACUAUUUACUGCCCAGUAUUGGUUUUUGUUGAAUUUUACCUGACAAUAGAGACUAUUGUACUAUAUAGUAUAUAAUGUCUGGCGUCUGCUAUAUAAAUAUAUACGUCUUUUUUCCGCUCCUUUUCAUUUUUUGCAAACAAAAUGAGUUCAAACUCGAAAAUUAGAGAUUUUUAUAAGGGUGUUUAAGUAAUGAAAUUUUGGUUAAAUUUUACUAUAAACUUCACUGUAUUGCUGCAGAAAGAUAAUUUUUUGUUUAGCUCUGUACACCUUUAUAGACCAUCAAAUGAAGCCAAGGGGAUGAAUUAUUAUUGAUGGUUUGAAUUUCCUACCACAUCAUAUGUUUUUUGUAUGUUGAUGCAAUUUCGAAAACUGCUUUACCUAUUUUGAUAAAACAUUUUUUUGUUCAAUUUCUUAUCGUUAUAAUAUUCCAUGACGAAUUAAUUUUUUUACGGCACCAAGUCAUUUGAGGAAAAUUGGACCACCCUUUGGUUUAGGUCAGUUUAGAUUCGUGGUGGUUUUUACAUUACUUAUUUUGUCGUAUUAUUAUCGCGCAGGAAACACGCACUCCUAGAAAGACACACGGUGUACGAAUUGCCCAAGAACAAACACCUGGAACAGAUUGUAGGAAACGACGGCAAACUGCGGGUUAUUAACACACUGUGCGUCUCGCCAUCCGGCGAAAUGCUCAUGUGCAUCACGCAGCGUUCCCUGUUCUACUGGGCUUCGAUCGGCAUAGAGAACAUUGACAAGACGGUAGGUUAUUUAGAUUAAGUUUUGGGAUAUAGGUACUACAUUAUUGGUAUUUCGGUAAUAAACGGCGCAUGUGUACCGCAUAGGCGUGCGCAAAAUUGUUUUGCUGGGGAUGCUGGUAUUUUUGAAAAUAGCUCCUACAGUUAGAGUGUAUUAUUUAAAAAUAACUAUCCCAUAAUUCUUAUUCUAUAUAUAUAAAAAUAUAAAUGGAUGUCUGUCUGUCAGUAUAAGAUGAAUAGACUUAAAAGCUGUAGUGAAUUUUAUGUUCUUUAACGUGUGUCACGUUGUCCGGAGAAGCUAACAAUAGCUAUUGAAAUCCACUUCUUAAUGAAUGAAGUCCCAUAAAAUUCGGUUUUAUGUAUGUUUAGUAUACAAAUCUAAUUAUUUUUGUUGAUUUAUCGAUGACCAUGGUAAUACUGAUGGGGAAAAAAAACUGUUAUUUAUGAUUAAUUAUUCUUGUAGUGCAAUUCCUGUGCUCCGUGGGUAUCUUUAGUAAUAGUAUAAUAAUAGUAUAUAAUGAUAAUUUGUCUAUAUUAUUUUUUUUAGCACGGGCAACGCCUGGCUGAACAGUUAGUACCUUGUAUUAAUAAUAACUCGUCUCAAAAGGACUUGUAUCAUAAUUUGCAUUUUUAAAUAGAUGUUUUUCAAAUAUGCCAUCUAUACUUAAUUAUACUUUUUUCCAUUAUUAUCAGUUUUAACUUUCAAUAUCGCGAAUUAUAUUUUAUUGGAAAAAUUAGUUUUAGUUUAAACAAAUAACAAAUAAGGAGUAUAAACUAUAAGGAGUAGCUGUUUUCGCAGGAUAUGCCAUACGAUUCCUGGCAUCCCCCCGUGCGCAUACAAAGUGGUAUACCGUUAUUUCGGUAUUUGUAUGCUCGGCUGUCGAUAUUUUCGUAUUUCAGUAGCUAUGUGUAUGAAACACUAUAAUAACUCACAGGGGCGGCUUGAUUAUAGUUUUGAUACUUUAUUGAAGAACCAAUAAUUUGGGAUAGUUGGGUCGUGCAAAAUCAUGAACCAAGUUUGUGUAAUAUUCGAAUGAAAUAAUUCUGUCCACAUAGCAUUUUAAAACGAUAGGAAUUGUAUAAAUAUUCGGAAUAGAUUUGAAAUUAAAUAUUAUAUAUAUUAUUAAAUAGUUAUGCAACAUUGAAUAAUUAUAAAAAUAUUUAGUUUUAGACCUUUUCCCCAUUCAUGGAUGUUAUAGUGGUACUGGACGUCUCCUCCCCCCCUCUUGGUCUGAGAUAAUUCCUCAAUGAAGCAAUAUAGGUAAUACAUACAUUAUUUUUAUUUUAUUUACUUUAUAGGUUCAUGUUACACAUCAUUUUUUUUUUUUUAUUAAGAAUAAAUAGGUAGAUAGGUAUACAUUGGUUUUACUCGGAGUAAAAAAAAAAAAACAAUUUUUGUAAACAUUUUUACUCGUAUUAGUAAAUUUUGUAUUUUUAUGAGUUCGAUUUUGAAUAUUAACAAUUAUAAAAUCACAAUAUUAAUUAUAUCUUUAUUUAAUUAAUGUACGAUAUUAAUAAUUGUAUUCGCAUAAUUUAAAUUUUUCAUCCAGGGGUAAAUUGACCCAUUGGGGGAAGGGAAUGAGGAGUGAAACUUAAUAAAUUCAAAAUAUGUAUAUUUUUAUUUGUAAAUGUCUUUCUUGUCUUGAAUCGUGUUACGGAAUCUUGUAAUCUAUUUUCGUCCGAAUAUCCGGGGUCCAAUCAAUUUGCAUGCACUCAUAAUAUAAACGAUAAUAAUACAGUAAUCAAUAAUCAGAUAUUACGCUGUCCAUACCCAUAUAUUCAAAGGGGGCCGAAAAGGCUUUAGGGAGUUCUUACACGUAGUUUUAAUUACAACAAGUGUGUAAUAGGAGAUAGUAAAAGUGAUGAGAUAAGAAAUAUUUCGUAACAACUUCCUUACAUAGUGACUAAAAUGUUGAAAUUUAAUUUUUUUUUUUUAAAACAUCCAACUAAAAAUUAAGAAAUAAUCUUUCAAAAAUAAAAAUGCUGUCAAACGUAUGCCAGACUCAAAGAAAAACGGCGCAUUAACGUGAGCGUUAAACGCUGCUGUUAUUCUCAGAAUAUACUUUCUGGAAGACUAUCAGUGAAAAUAUAGCCAAAAUUCGCUUGCGUUGGUCGGAAAUUUCUUUUUAUACUAUACUAUUUUUUACUAACAAGUGUUUUAAAACUAGUAGCCUAGUAUUAUAUGCGUUCAUGGUUCAUAUUUGAAGGUUUUGGCAGAUAUAAAUCCCGUGUUUUCCCCAUGAUUAUAAAAUACAAAUAAGAACAAUUUAUUGUUGAAUUUUUUAGUGAUUUAUAUACGUAACAACGUGUUUAGUAAUAUUGUAGUACGGUUAUUAAUCCGGGCGCUAGGAUCUGAUAACGGGUAUUAUCUGAUAGAUAUUGUAUAGCCUUGUCUUUAUCCUGUAAUCAUUAGAAACGAAUUACUAUAAUAUUAUAAUCAGCGAAGUAGGUUUUAACGGUUCAUAACCUCGGAUAACAUUAUGUACUUACAUUGAAUUCGUACAUUUGGAUAUCUUUUGUGUUUUUAUUCACUAACGAAAUUAGUAGUAUACAAUUAAAAACACAAAAUCGAAUAUGGGAUUUAUUGUGCUUACGGGACGUGGCUGGAGUGACCAAAUUAAAUAUCUCAAGCCAUCUCUGAUAAAUCGACAAACCUUCUUCUCGUCCCUCGAUUGUUUUCCUGACUAUUUGGACUCGGUUACCUCGGUCUUAAAUGUCCGUGUUCUACCGCCGCCAUACAGUAUACGUUAUACCAGUGGUUCCGAACUUCUUUUAUUCUAUCCCCCCUUUGUAGAUUUAGAUGGCCCCCUCUCAUUUUAACCUCCCAAAAUAAAAAAUAAUAAUAAUAAAAAAAAGGGUUAUCCAGGUGCUGAUAAGUAAGCAAACUUCCCCCUGUCGCCUCUACCUGAAUACGGCCUUGCUCGUAACCAUUAUCGGAACCCAAUCACCGGUCAUUAUUAAAUUUAUAUUUCUUUCCUACAUUUUAAAGUUCAAAUAAUUUAAUAAAUACAAAUUUGAAUUUGUGAUGACUGCUUGCGUCUCUUCAACAAUUUGUUCACCCAUUUGGGAAACAUUGCGUUAUACACAUCAGUCUGUUACUGCUGACUUUAUAUUAUUAACAUUCUGAACCGCGUGUUUAAAUAACCAAUAUUUUCUUUCCGGUAUGCCGACUCUAUUUAACCCGCAGGUGGAGUUAAAGCUUCACGGCGACGACCUGCACCACGGCGAAGUGGCCGGGCUGUCGUUGAGCUGUUGGUGGCCGGUGUUUAUGACGUGCGGCCGGCUGGACCGGACCGUUAAGUUGUGGAACUACGUGAAGCGUACGCUACUGUUCACCGAACGGUACGACGAGGACGUGCUAAACGUGUCACUGCACCCGACCGGUCAGUGCGCGUUGCUGGCGUUCACCAGCAAAGUGGAAUUUUGCAUGGUGCACGCCGACCAGCUGGAGACCCGCCGGCAUUUCAACGUGACGGAUUGUUCGCUGAUCCAGUUCAGCAGGUCUGGACAAAUGUUCGCGUUGGUCGACGGGCUGAACGUAGACAUCUACAGUUCGAUCACAUUCGAGAAACUGCACCGAAUAAGCAAACACGAGAAAAAGGUGAGUUGUCAGGAGGAAGGGAGGGGGUUGUGGUUCGCUUCGAUCCCACAGCAGUAA